UUUCAGUUUAAAAAGUAGAAAAAGACAAGAUUUUUGAUAUAGGGUCUGUGUGAAGUCAACUGCUAUUACAUUAAUGGAAGAAAGACAAAAGAAUGUGAGUUUGGUUUUGGCAGUUAAUGGAGAGAGGUUUGAGUUGCCAUGUGUUGAUCCUUCUACAACUCUGCUUCAGUUCUUGCGCUCUGAGACUUGUUUCAAGAGUCCCAAGCUUGGUUGUGGAGAAGGUGGUUGUGGGGCUUGUGUUGUUCUGGUGUCGAAGUAUGAUCCCAAUCUGAAAAAGGUCGAAGAUUUUAGCGUGAGUUCAUGCCUUAUACUUCUUUGCAGUUUAAAUGGUUGUUCAAUUACGACAAGUGAAGGCCUUGGGAACACCAGAGAUGGUUUUCACUCUAUUCAUGAAAGGUUUGCCGGUUUCCAUGCUUCUCAAUGCGGCUUCUGCACUCCUGGCAUGUGUAUGUCAUUUUUUUCAGCUCUCGUCAAUGCCGAUAAAGGAAACAAACCCGAUCCUCCACCAGGAUUCUCUAAGCUUACUUCAUCUGAAGCUGUAAAGGCCAUAGCAGGGAACCUUUGUCGAUGCACUGGAUACCGGCCUAUUGCUGAUGCCUGCAAGAGUUUUGCUUCUGACGUUGAUAUCGAGGAUUUGGGGUUCAAUUCUUUUUGGAAAAAAGGAGAUUCCAAGGAAGUGAAAGUAAGUAAGUUACCUCCCUAUGAUCCAACCAAGAAUUUCAGUACGUAUCCCGAGUUCUUGAAAAGUGAAUCUGCCACGAAUUCGGAAUCCUCAAGGAGGUACCCUUGGUACAGUCCUGUUUCCAUUGAGGAGCUACGGAGCUUGUUGAACUCCAAUGUGACGGAAAAUGGUGCAAGCUUCAAACUUAUCGUUGGAAAUACCGGCACAGGUUAUUAUAAGGAAACUCAGCGAUAUGAUCAUUACAUUGAUCUCAGGUACAUUCCUGAACCCUCAAUCAUCAAAAGAGAUCAGACUGGCAUUGAAGUUGGAGCAGCUGUGACUAUCUCUAAACUGAUUUCAUUCUUGAAAGAGGAAAACAAAGUCAAUUUGGGUUCAUACGGGACGUUGGUGUCCCAAAAACUAGCUAACCACAUGGAGAAGAUUGCUUCACCAUUUGUUAGAAACUCAGCUAGUGUGGGAGGAAAUUUGGUUAUGGCACAGAAGAAUGGUUUUCCUUCAGAUAUUGCUACAUUAUUUCUUGGACUUUGUGCUACUGUUAGCUUAAUGACCAGUCAUGGAGUUGAAAAGCUCACAUGGGAGGAGUUAUUAUCAAGACCACCGCUAGACUCAAGGACUGUGCUUCUAAGUGUUUGUAUCCCAUUUAAGCAAGAUCAAAGUUCUUUACAAAUUCAUUCUAAAGUUUUGUUUGAAACCUUUCGAACUGCUCCACGACCUCAUGGGAGUGCAUUGGCAUAUAUAAAUGCCGCUUUCCAGGCUGAUGUUUCUCUCUGCCAGAAGGGCCUCUUGAUAAACAAUAUACAGUUGGCGUUUGGUGCUUAUGGCACAAAACAUGCAACAAGGGCUAAAAAGGUAGAGGAAUAUCUAACCAGGAAGAUAUUAAAUAUACAUGUUUUAUAUGAAGCACUUAAAUUAGUCAAAGUAGAAGUGGUACCGGAAGAUGGCACUUUACACCCCGAGUACAGAUCAAGCUUGGCUGUCAGUUAUGUUUACGAGUUUCUUCAUCCCUUCACUGAUGUUCAUUCUGCUAUUUCUGGUGGUUUACUCAAUGGAAUUAGUGACAUCUCUGUUGAGCAACUUUCCAAAAGUUGUAAUGAUGGUUGCAUUAGUCAGGGGAGAGAACAAACACUACUGUCUUCUGCAAAGCAAGUCGUGGAAUUAAGCACCGAGUACUAUCCAGUAGGUGAACCGAUGAAGAAGGUUGGAGCUGCCAUGCAAGCUUCUGGUGAAGCUGUUUAUGUAGAUGACAUUCCUUCACCACCAAAUUGCCUGCAUGGAGCAUUUAUCUAUAGUACAAAACCAUUAGCAGGUGUAAAGGGAAUCCAGCUUGAGUCAAAUCGAUCAACAGAUGGAGUCACCACCAUUAUUACUUUUAAAGAUAUUCCAAGUGGAGGGGAAAAUGUAGGAGUUAUUACAAUGUCUGAUCCCGAGCCCUUAUUUGCAGAUGAUCUCGCCCGAUGCGCUGGUGACAGAAUUGCUCUUGUGAUUGCUGACAGUCAGAGGUCUGCUGAUGUGGCUGCAAGAACAGCCCUCGUUGAAUAUGACACUGAAAAUAUAUAUUCUCCCAUUUUAACCGUUGAGGAAGCUGUUGAGAAAUCUAGCUUUUUCCAAAUCCCGCCAUAUAUGAAUCCAAAACAAGUUGGUGAUUUCUCAAAAGGAAUGUCUGAAGCAGAUCAUAAGAUUCUCUCUGCUGAGAUAAGACUCGGUUCGGAGUACUAUUUUUAUAUGGAGACACAGACUGCCCUUGCAAUUCCAGAUGAAGACAACUGCAUGGUUGUUUAUACUUCAAGUCAGUGCCCUGAGAACAUGCAACAUGUUAUUGCCAGUUGUCUUGGUGUUCCCGAACACAAUAUCCGUGUAAUUACAAGAAGGGUUGGAGGUGGCUUUGGGGGCAAGGGAGUUAGAUCAAUGCCUGUUUCCACAGCCUGUGCACUAGCAGCAUACAAGUUAAGACGACCAGUCAGGAUAUGCGUCAACCGGAACAGUGACAUGAUAAUGACAGGAGGACGACAUCCGAUGAAAGUAACAUACAGUGUAGGAUUCAAAUCGAGCGGAAAGAUCACAGCAUUACAUCUUGAUAUAUUGAUGAAUGCCGGGAUCACAGAAGAUAUAAGCCCACUCUUACCAUCAAAUGUGAUUAAAGCACUAAAAAAAUAUGAUUGGGGUGCCUUAUCUUUCAAUGUUAAACUGUGCAAGACAAAUCUUACCAGCAAAUCAGCUAUGCGGGCCCCUGGGGAGGUGCAAGGAUCUUAUAUAGCUGAAGCUAUAAUCGAGCACGUAGCAAGUUUACUCUCGAUGGAGGUGGACUCAGUCAGAAACAAAAAUUUCCAUACAUUUGAAAGCCUUAAUUUAUUCUAUAAUAACAUUGUAGCAGUAGGAGAAUAUACAUUGCCUAGUAUCAUGGAUAAGUUGGCAGUGUCGUCGAGCUUUUUCCAACGAAGCAAGAUGAUAGAACAAUUCAACCAGAAUAACACAUGGAAGAAAAGGGGUAUUUCUCGAGUUCCAAUUGUGUAUGAAGUUAUGCAACGACCAACCUCAGGAAAAGUCAGUAUUCUGCAAGAUGGAUCGAUCGUAGUAGAGGUAGGAGGGAUUGAAAUUGGCCAAGGGCUAUGGACAAAGGUUAAACAGAUGACUGCCUAUGCACUUGGCUUAAUUGAUAGUAGUUGGGCCGAAGACCUCAUGGAGAAAGUUCGAGUCAUACAAGCAGACACCUUGAGCUUAGUGCAGGCCGGGUUUACAGCUGGAAGCACUACAUCGGAAACAAGCUGUGAAGCUGUUAGACUUUGCUGUGAUACAUUGGUUGAAAGACUGACCCCUUUGAAGAAACAGCUGCAGGAACAAAAUGGCUCUGUUGAUUGGCCAAUGCUGAUUCGCCAGGCACAAGCGCAAUCAGUAAGCUUAGCAGCAAAUUCCUAUUAUGUACCAGAAUCCGGUUCCAUGAGUUAUUUGAACUUUGGCGCUGCUGUCAGUGAGGUGGAGAUUAAUAUUCUGACUGGAGAGACUGCCAUUUUGCAGUCGGAUAUCAUUUACGACUGCGGGCAGAGCUUGAAUCCAGCCGUUGAUUUGGGACAGAUUGAAGGGGCUUUUGUACAUGGAAUCGGAUUUUUCAUGCACGAAGAAUAUCUUACAAACAAAGACGGGUUAAUGGUCUCGAAUAGCACUUGGACAUACAAGAUCCCAACUAUUGACACCAUACCUCAGAAUUUCAAUGUUCAUGUGGUAAACAGUGGACAUCACGAAAAACGUGUUCUCUCGUCUAAAGCAUCUGGUGAACCGCCGUUGCUUCUGGCAGCUUCAGUCCACUGUGCAGCAAGAGCAGCCGUUAAAGCAGCACGUGAACAGCUCAAACUAUGGGGCAAGCUUGAUGGGUCUGUUUCAGAAUUCUAUCUGGACGUCCCCGCCAUAUUACCCGUUGUGAAGACACAGUGUGGCCUAGAUUAUGUGGAGAAAUAUUUGGAAAGUUUGCUGGCUCAGAAAUCUAACUAAAAGUGCUUCAACAUGCAUCUCAGAAUGAUACUGAACUAUGUUGCUCGGACUCUUCAACAUGUUGCAUCAGCUGUGUCGGUUCCUCAAAAAAUACACUAUUUUUGGAUGACCUGACAUACACUUGGGGGUAUUUUUGAAAAGUCCGAGGAACAUAGACACUGAAUACUUUGUUUUUAUGUAUAUCUUGAAGAAUUUGAACUGUUCUUUUUAUUGAAAAUCUGUGAUUUAAAGUUU